AUGAAGACCCUUGUAAACGGGGCAGGCCUGUCAGUUGCAAAUUCAAGUAAUCCAGUGGAGGCAGCUGAACUGGCUGCCCUUUCCAUUGCAAGCCGUUUAGGUGACAACGAUGGAAACUUUGUUAUGGAUCCGUCGGCAAUUGAGAUAACAGAGACACAUGCGCGUCAACAAUGUAGUCACUUUGGUAAUCUUUUCAAAGAGCUUCAUUUGCAUCAGACUUUCCAGAAAGGUCAGGUGUGUGUGGCUGGAAAGAACACUAGUCUUCAUAUGAACGCACCUAACACUGCUCAACGCUCCCUUCAGGUGGGACUGUGUGCUCCUUCGCAACAGAGUAUAACUGCAGGACCAAGUUCAAAUGAACGAGCAGUUUCUGAGCCACAAAAGAACCAGUCAAUCGACGUGAAGAAAUAGAAGAUUAGAUAACCUGAACAACUGCAUAAAUUCGAUAGGUCAAAAUUUGCUAGAUUUCUGCUCAUCAAAAGCGACAUGAUUGACUUAGAAUGGGUUUUUCUGCGCGUAUGUUUUUAAUGUGUUUUAAUACACUGCUUUGUGUAGGUUAGAGAAAUGCAGAAUAAGUUUAAUUUUACAAAUUACAAUUACAUUCAAUGUGAAAAUGUCUGGGAUAUUUUAGUGAGGACAAAUUCUUCAAUGUACUACCUUGAUCACAGCUUAUCGUAAUUAUGGCACUGGAAUACUGAAAAGAGCCGUUUUAAGUUCUAAAUUUUUCUUGUAUUUUUCGUGAGUUUCUGAUUUUACUCGAUCUAGUAGGCUGUCAAUCUAGGUCAUAGAAUAUACUAGGUUUCAAAAUAACUCUUUUUAUUGCAACUGUUUCAUUAGACGUGAGAAUUGUCCUCUCUUGACAUUCAGAUGACCUGCACCUCUUUAAAACUUUUAUUUUGAUUCGUUCUUGUCAAUCUGAACCUCUUUUGUUUUUAGGGCUAGGGGCAUUGUUUGUGUUGUAUACCUAUUGUUUCGUUUGGCCAAUCAUGAAGACCCUUGUAAACGGGGCAGGUUGGCCCUUGACAUUGUCGAACAGUGGCAUUUUUACAAUAACUGAAGAAAUUCUCGCGCGCUCAUUGGCUAAUUUUCACUGUCAACAUGCAGACAU